ACUGCAACCUCAAGCACAGACCUUGCCAUGCAAAAAAAAGAAAAAAUAGUGCCACAACACAAUCCAAUAGAUCUUUGCCUGUGAGAGCUCUGGGGUUGCAUUUCCUCAAUGAAUAUUAAAAAAAGAACAGUGUGGAAAACAAGGUAAGGUGAAAGAUACAAAAAAAAAAAGAAAAACAAUAGAUAUAAGCAAAAAAACUGGGCAAAUGAACGUCUCCUUACACUUCCUGUUUCUAGGGCAAAGCAUUGUCUGCCUUGUUACUGGGACAAGGUGGAGCACGUAUCACUCCGCCGUCUCGGCUUGGAGUCCAUUUUAGGUCUGCCGAAAAAACCAGGGACAAUUCCCGGAUGUAACUGUCAUGGCCGCCAACGGCAAACUCGGGCAGCAGUUGAGGAAAUCAAGGUUCUGCAUAUUCCAUAUGUUGUAGCAAAUUAUGAAAAGAAGCAGUGCCAUUCUCUGAGUGAGGCUAACUAAAGAUACACUUCACUCUACAAUCAGAUCCUCUUGAUCAUUGAUUUCACUAUAUAUACACGAUGAAAUCACCAAAUAAGGACUUGUCUGUAGAGACUGAGGAAUCAGGACCCGCUAAAGAGGAUUUGUGGAAUUUUGCUGAACAUGAUUCCGAUACCAAUGAACCAAGCUCUCUGUCAUCGUUUUCUGUAAAUGAAAGCAUUUUACAUGAUGUUGAUGAAGAUCCAGACACAGCUGGUAAUGAAAAGGGAGAAAAAGCUCAAAACUCCACAAGCAAAAAGCAGACUGCAAGAAAGUCAUUCUGGAGAGGAACCCUAAGUAAUUUAGAUAGUUCUGCAGAUCUUAAUGCAGUCAUUAAAUCAGAACCUCAACUGGAUGACGACAUAGCAAAUAUAUCUGCAAAGGUUCUACAUUUCUUUUGCCAAAAAUGCAGCAAUGGUAUUCGAUACAGUCCCAAUGAUCUUCAAAAACACUUUCUCAUAAUGCACAAUGGGGAAUCACCCUUGUAUCCAUGUGAAAUGUGUGACUUUUCUGCUAAUGAUUUUCAGACAUUCAAACAACAUCGAAAGACACAUCGAAGUGCUUUAGUUAAAUGUGAGCUCUGCAAUAAUGACUAUUUGUAUACUUUGCUAGCUUUGACAAAGCACUUUACAGUUAUGCAUUGUAAUAAUGGCCACUUUAACUGCUCAAAAUGUAAGUUUUCUACCAGAGACGUUGGCACAUUUGUUCAGCACAUUCACAGACAUAAUGGAAUUGAGUAUGCUUGUCAGAAAUGUAAUCACAUUAGCUUCUCAAAAACAGAAUUUCAAAAACAUCUUCAGGGCCACAGUGCACUAUUUCCAUUUAGUUGUCAGUACUGCAACUACAGUGCAAUGAGGAAAGAUUUUAUUGUAAAGCAUGUUUUAGCCAGGCACAGAGAACAAAUUCACACAAAAGAUGAACUUUUGCAAGAAAGUUGUGAUAGACAAAUGGAGACUUCUGCUGGACUAAAACAUGUUUUUAAACCGUUCCAAACAGAUGCUUCAGAUAAGGGUUCAUGGAGAAAAGAAGCAAACCGUGGUCAAAUGGAGAAUGACGAAGAUGAUGGUCAAGGUACAAGCGGGUUGCAAUAUAAUUCCAUUGAUAAAAGCCAGGCUAUGAGUGCCAUUUCAACCUAUAAUAUGGAUCAAACAAUUCAAGAUGGCAUUUCAUCGGUGACAACUAUAAAGUGCAACAAUGAAGAAGUUAACUCAAAUGUGUUAAAAAAUGCAGUUCAUGGUCCAACCGUGCUAAUGGUUAAGAACAAUAAAAUUAAUGUUCCAGCUAAUUACAGUGCAACAUUCAUGGGUUACAAGAUGGUGAAUGGAAAACAAAAUAUUGUAAUCAAAUUGCUACCUUCAAAUAAACAAUCAGGAGCAGCACUACAGUCACCACCUCCAAAAUUAGGAAGUUUGACUCCUCAAGCCCAUGGUCUGAGACCAUUUGAGGUGUCCUCAAAUGGUGUUGACAGAAGACCUGCACCAUCAUUUAAACCUAAUAUGUCCUUAGGCCCUACAUCUGUUGCUUCUUUGCAAAAAAUUAGUGUCCCAUUCAGGCCCAGAACUGAAUCACAUCCUAUCAGACAUGGCACACCAAACCUUAUCAGACAGGGGACUGCUGCCAGCCAAGCUUUUUUGCAAAGCCUUCGGAAAGAUUUAGUAUGUCGCAGUACUAUUCCUAACUCUUCUAUUGGUACUGACCGAGCAAGCAACAUUAAAGAAGAGCCUGAAGAAUACAGUAUUAAUGAACAACAGAAUAUGCAAAAGGAACGGAAUCAUGGCUAUGAGUUUGCUGCAGGGCCUAUGCGUCAGGGUAGAAUGCCAAAUCCCUCAAAUCUAAAUCCUAGCAUGCAGCAUUUGCCAAGACAUCGACACAGCAGCGAUAGUGGAUUAGCUCUGUCUAAAACAUUGUACACUAAAGAUAGCGAGAUUAGAAAUUCAGUAUUGCAUUCAUUAACAGCUAGCAGACCCGGUGGAUUGAACUCUACAAACACUAACAUAAAGCCUCAGAAUAACUAUUUAGGUGGAAAUUUACACAUGCGUGACAAGCCAGCAACCUUAUUGGUAAAAAAUAGUAAGUCUGACAAUAUCUUGUUUAUGCCAAGAAUUACAUCUGUGUUCUCAUUGCAAAAUAGGGCACCAGCUUCUUCAUCAAUUGUGAAAAAUACUUACCUUCAUAACAUGUUGCAAGAAAAUAAAACAUUAUAUGACAGGCUCGCUGCAUCUAAAAAUAAUCCUGCUGGUAACAGUACACCAACAUCUACUAGGUUACCUAAUGUAGCAUCACGAUUUGACCCUCGCUUAACAAGUGGUGACAACAUAUCGAAAGGUUCUGCUUCAUCAUUCAUGCAAGGACAACUAUCUUCUGCAUUAGACAUCAAGACACCCCACCCCUCAAAAGUAGGAGAUCUACUUAAAGCACAUUCAGAUGCAAUUGUGAAUCAGCAGCUGGCAAAAGAAAAAAUGCUGGGAAUAGCACGGCCAGCUGGCAGCUCACCUGCUUUCAGAGUAGUUAAAACUCCACAGAAUGCUGGCUAUCCUCAUUCUAACACACUUUUAUUGCCUUCAAAUUCAAAUGCAUUGCUGCUUCCAAUUUUACCCACCCAUCAGAGUGGCUUGAAAAUGACUGCAAGUCAACCUGUCACUCAAAGUAACACAGGCAUCAACACUAAUACUCCUGUAAAUGCAAAAUCCAACAUGGUAUUAACAUUAACAAAUGGACCUUUUGGAACAAUUAGAAAUGUGUCCAAUGGAAAUCCUCAGACCAUGGCGUCUCCUGUUGCUACUGCAGGAAAUUACCAAGGAAAAUUUCCACUUCAGAGGCUGCAGCGACCUGCUGCGCCAUAUUUGAUGAAUGCAGAAUUAAAAGACAGAACUGUAAAUAACCUUCCUGCUAAAAUCCUUUCUGGUUCUACUCCAGCAAAUAAGCUUCCUGUUAAUUUGAAUUUACUUCAGUAUCACAUGAAUUCAAAUUCUUCAGUAGGGAAAGCUGGCAAUUUGGAAUCUGUAAGAAAUCAGAAGUCUGUUCAAAAGCAACCUGUUUAUGCAUUGUUGCCUGAUGGAAAACAAGCUGUCUUAUUAAAUUAUGUUUUACCAAAAUCUGCUCCAACCAAAUCACCAAAAACUUUUGCCAGAUUCCUGCCCUGGAAUAUUCAACCAAAGAACACAGAAGAAGCAAAAGAAACCUCAUUUGUUAGCAGUAACAGCAGUGAUAAUUCACUAGUGAAAGUUAAAAUUGAGGAUACCAGUGCUGAAAAUCCCUCUUUUCCAGAGAACACCUAUGCUGUUAGUAGUACUUCUCAUCAGGGUAUCACUGAACACUCCCAAUGGUCUCUGAGGCCAAGACCAAAUUUUGCUUCAGUUAAAGAUCAUUUGUAUUCCACAAGCAGCCACCAGACACUUUUGCAACCCUGUGCAGCAAAUAAAUUAAAUUGCAAACCAAGCAUUGCAAACACUUGGAACACCAGAAACAAAUCAUUGAAAAGGAAAGCAUCCGAUUCUAGCAGCUGCACGGGAGACUUUGAUUUUAAAAAUAAGAUUGCCAAGAAAAAAACAGUUGAUGAAUUUGUGGAACUGCCACGAAAGAAAAUGUUGCAUAGGAAAUGUAAAGAGAAAGUAUACUACACAAGUGAUGUUGUAAUAGACAUUCCAACACCAAGCCCACCAAAAGAUAUUGUGCAGACAUUAAGAUUGUAUCCUUUUAAUGCCAGCCAAGUUGUGACGUGCCCCCAACAGAAUCAGCCUGUUGUUGUGCUGAAUCACCCUGAUGCAGAUAUUCCCGGAGUAGUAAAUAUAAUGAGAACCAUCUCAAAAUUCAGCAGCCACGUUUUAACAGUGACAUUGUCAAAAAGAACACUUGAGGCCCUUCUUGAGUCAAAGUUAAACAGUGCUGCAGGAGCAAUUUCUGAUGGGUUAACUGGAAGACGUAGCAGGAGGGCAAAGCCCAUAAGCCCGGUGAAUGAGCGUUUUGUGCUCAAGUUGACAUUAAAGAAAACCAGUAAAAACAAUUAUAAAAUUGUGAAAAACACAUCCGAAAAUCAAGACAAAGCAAAAUUCCAUUGCUGGUUCUGUGGUAGGAUAUUUGACAAUCAGGACGAAUGGGUUGGUCAUGGGCAAAGGCACCUAAUGGAGGCAACAAAAGACUGGAACACUUUAUUUUAAUCAUUUUUUCUGUUAUUGAUCAUGGGACAUUUUAAACAGCAUCAGGAAUAUAUUUUGUUUUCUCAGUGACCUCAUUUAUCCCCUACCCUAGAUAAUACUGGGUAGUGUUGCUAUGAAAACAUUUCACGUUCUAUUCAGGUUUUUUUCCCCUAUGUCAGUGUCUGAAAAUAUUUUUUAUUUAGUUUUCAUUUUUAGAAAUAAACUUAAUUUACAAAUGUAAGCUAUGUGUUUACAACAUCAAGAUUCAAACAAUUUGCGUGUGCUUGGUUUCUACUCUAGAGUAGUGGUUCAUUUGUAAAAAAAAUAACUGGAAUUUGCAGACUUUGCCUGUGAUGGAAUGUCAUAAUUUUACAGUAAAAUGCCUUUUUCUGUAAUAGGCAAGGUACUUUCAAAGUCAGGGACAAUAUAAUGGAAAUGUACAGAAAUUGUCAAUACAAAACUUUUUAUACAUAAUUGUAUUCUCACAUAAGUUGAUAUUUUUCAUGAUGUAUAGCAUUUUCUUCACUUACCAUCCGGUUAUAUAGGUGUUAAGUAUGGGUAUUAACGUUCUACCUUUUUCUCUUUAUAUACAAAGUUUAAAUAAACAACAUAUUAACAUUUAUUUUGACACUUGUAAAUACAAAGAAAAAGCAUGAUUGUGAAUAUUUCAAGAUUGCGUUAUAUAUAGCUUUUUCCAUGAAUAUUAAAAGUGUUACAUCGUGAAUAGUUGUGUACACAUCUUCUUUGUGAUCACCCUAAACUAUUGCCAUGAUAAUUUUCAUCUUAAAGAUAUGCGAACAUCACUUUAUAGGAAUAUGCACUUAUUUGUAUGUAAUUUGAAAAAAAGUCAAUUUUAACAGUACAAUUUUUUUUUCUUCGUUUUCUGGUGUAUGAUUCAUGAUUAUAUAAGUGCUCCACCAAACUGACUAUGAAUUCUUAUGUGGAUCCCUUGCCCCCGAGCUUUAUGCCUUGCUCUUGGGCCUUCCCUGUGUGCCCACUUGGAUCUGUAAAGUCUUAUUUUAUUUUUUCUUCUGCCAAUACGAUUACUUGGGGUGAUAAGGAAAGGUGGGAUAUGUACUCUUAGAAGUCAUAGGGAGUUGCCACAGAAACUCAAAUGAAUAGAUCCCUGUCAAUGAUUAAAGCUAACCACGUUUAUUUUUA